UUAUCUUUGGUGAGCUGCAUAAUAUUUUAAUCAAAAUCACUCGUUUCGGCACCAUUGUAAUAUUUGUCAGCAAUUUCGAUUCUACGCACAAAAUUAACAUGCAUCAAAAAUUUAUUUUUCUUUGCGUCUCCACCUUGGUUCCAAUAAUUUUUGGAGCCUCAAUUGAAAAUGGAGCUUCGUCCAGGAUUGUUGGAGGUUCCAAUUCCUCUCCAGGAGAAUUUCCUUACAUGGUUGCAAUUUUAUUUAAGAACAGAACCAUGUGCGGUGGAACCAUUUUGAAUGAAAAUUACAUCCUAACAGCAGCCCACUGCAUGCACAAUUUGGAAAUGCAGUAUUUUGAGAUUUUGUCCGGGUCAAACCUGCUCUCCGAGUCAACAGUUCACAAUGUCACGGAGUUGAAAAAGCACGAAGAAUUCAUUUUCCAACAAAACUUGCCCAAUGACGUUGGUCUCAUGAGGGUUGACCCACCGUUUGUGUUUGGCUCGAUGGUUCAACCUGUUUCGCUAAUUGACCAGGGAAUAGAAACGAAUGGCUCAACCGCUUUCGGAGUAGCCGUCGGCUGGGGAAUGGCUUACAGUGGAAGUUCUUACCCUAACGAGCAGAAAAAGGUGGAGCAGCUGGAUGUGUAUACCGACCAAGAGUGUAUUGACGCUUAUAUCUUUGGUCCGACGGAGAGGUCUAUUUGUGCUGGCAUGUCUAUCGGGUCAAGCAGCGAAGUUGGAAUUUGUGGUGGGGACGCAGGAGGCCCUCUGAUCGUGGAUGGACUCCAAGUUGGCAUUAUAAGCUGGGCUAGGGUUCCUUGCGGAGAACCAGGUUUCCCUGCCGUUUUUGCUGAAGUUUCCUAUUACACCGACUGGAUCAAACUGAACUCGGGAAUGGUUUAAUUCAAUAAAAUGAUCAUAUAUUUAAUAAACAAA